AUGAAAGUCACCGGAAAGCCGUAUACGACGGCGACAUUACCGUCUUUGGAGUCGGAGACGAAUCUGUUCAAUAGCGGUUCAGAUCUCAAAGCUAUACAAAGAGCAGCUACUACUACUACAACAGUAGUCACUAGACGUAGAGCAAGGAACCCGAGUUUGACUCGUCAUCGAAGAUCCGGUGCUUCUGGUGGGAGACGAAGUCGACCGGAGACUCCUCUUUUGAAAUGGAAAGUUGAAGAUCGGAAUAAGGAGAGAAACGGCGUUGUGGAAGACGAUGAUUACGAGGUUGAGAGAGAAACGAGUCGUCGUAAGGAUCGGAGGAAAAUUUCGCGUCCUGUCUCUGUUAGGAAACUCGCCGCUGGGCUAUGGAGGUUACAAGUACCCGACGUGGUUUCUAGCGGCGGAGAUAGAAAGGGGAAAGAGGGAUUAGGGUUUCAGGGAGGUGGUGGAUACAUGGGAGUUCCAUUUCUUUAUCAUCAUAGUGAGAAACCUUCUGGAGGUCAAAGCAACAAGAUAAGGCAGAACCCUAGCACUAUAUCUACGACGAAAAAUGGAUUUUUGUGUAAGCUCGAGCCUUCAAUGCCAUUUCCCCAGUCGGCAAUGGAGGGGGCGACAAAAUGGGAUCCUGUUUGCAUGGAUACAAUGGAUGAAGUACAUCAAAUUUAUAGCAACAUGAAGCGUAUUGAUCAACAAGUGAAUGCUGUGUCAUUGGUUUCUUCCCUUGAGGUAGAGCUGGAACAAGCACAUGCUCGUAUUGAAGAUCUCGAGAAUGAGAAGCGAUCUCACAAAAAGAAGCUUGAGCAGUUCUUGAGGAAAGUUAGUGAGGAGAGGGCUGCUUGGCGGAGCAGAGAGCAUGAGAAGGUCCGAGCAAUCAUUGAUGACAUGAAAGCUGAUAUGAGUAGGGAGAAGAAAACCCGUCAGAGAUUAGAAAUUGUCAAUCAUAAAUUAGUCAACGAGCUUGCAGAUUCAAAGUUAGCUGUGAAGCGUUACAUGCAGGAUUGUGAAAAGGAAAGGAAGGCGAGAGAAUUGAUUGAGGAAGUUUGCGAUGAACUUGCCAAGGAAAUAGGAGAAGAUAAAGCUGAGAUUGAGGCGUUGAAGAGAGAAUCUAUGAGCCUCAGAGAAGAAGUAGACGAUGAAAGAAGAAUGCUGCAGAUGGCUGAAGUAUGGCGUGAGGAACGUGUCCAGAUGAAGCUUAUUGAUGCCAAAGUAGCACUAGAGGAAAGGUACUCACAAAUGAACAAGCUUGUAGCAGAUUUGGAUUCUUUCCUUAGGUCAAGAGAUAUCGUUACAGAUGUCAAAGAGGUGAGAGAGGCAGAGUUAUUAAGAGAAACCGCUGCAUCGGUUAAUAUCCAAGAAAUCAAGGAAUUUACAUAUGAGCCUGCAAACCCGGAUGAUAUCUACUCUGUAUUCGAAGAAAUGAAUCUCGGUGAAGCCCAUGAUAGAGAAAUGGAGAAAUCUGUUGCUUACAGUCCAACCAGCCACGGUUCUAAAGUUCAUACAGUGAGUCCAGACGUCAACAGGAUCAACAAGAAAGGGAGACAUUCAGAUGCUUUUGCUCACCAGAACGGCGACAUCGAAGAAGAUGAUAGCGGUUGGGAAACAGUUAGCCAUCUCGAAGAACAAGGAUCUAGCUACUCACCUGAUGGAAGCAUUCCAUCUGUAAACAACGACAACAAUCACCAUCACCGAGACAGCAACGCCUCGAGUCUUGGUACAGAGUUCUUAGGCAAAGGUUGGGAAGAGACAAUGACUCCAACCACAGAAAUAAGCGAAGUUUGUUCGAUUCCAAGAAGGUCAACCAAAAAGGUUUCAUCAAUAGCAAAACUCUGGAGAUCAUCAGGUGCGAGCAGUAAUGGAGAUAGAGAUAGCAACUACAAGGUAAUAUCAAUGGAAGGUAUGAACGGAGGAAGGGUUUCAAACGGAAGGAAAUUGAGCGUAGGAAUGGUUUCACCGGAUAGAGGCUCGAGCAAAGGCGGAUUUAGCCCUAUGAUGGAUUUGGUUGGACAAUGGAGCUCUUCACCGGAUUCCGCAAAUCAUCCUCAUGUAAACCGUGGAGGAAUGAAAGGUUGCAUAGAAUGGCCUAGAGGUGCACAGAAGAAUAGUUUGAAGGCAAAACUCAUCGAAGCACGAAUUGAAAGCCAAAAGGUCCAGUUAAAGCAUGUCCUUAAGCAAAAGAUUUAG